CGGGCGGCUCCGUGCCGCCAUGCCGCCCUCCGCGAUGCCGCUGCUGCUGCUGCCGCUGCUGCUGGCGGCGCUGGCGGUGCCCGCCCCGGGCACGGCGGCGGCGGCGGCGGCGGGGGGCUGCGGGCCCUGCGAUCCGUCGCGGUGCCCGGCGCUGCCGGCUCGGGGCUGCCCGCUGGGCAGGGUGCGGGACGCCUGCGGCUGCUGCUGGCAGUGCGGGCGCGGCGAGGGCGAGGCGUGCGGCGGCGGCGGCGGCUCUGCGGGAGGACGCUGCGCCCCCGGCCUCGAGUGCGUGAAGAGCCGGCAGCGCCGCAAGGCGAAGGGCGGCCCGGUUCCCCCCGCCGCCGGCCCGCCCGGCGUGUGCCUCUGCAAGAGCCGCUACCCGGUGUGCGGCAGCGACGGGCUCACCUACGGCAGCGGCUGCCAGCUCCGCGCCGCCAGCCUGCGAGCACAGAGCCGCGGCGAGCCCGCCAUCAGCCAGCGCAGCAAGGGAGCCUGCGAGCAAGGACCCUCCAUUGUGACUCCUCCUAAGGACAUCUGGAAUGUGACAGGAGCACAAAUCUACCUGAGCUGUGAAGUCAUUGGCAUUCCAACCCCUGUCCUCAUCUGGAACAAGAUAAUUAGAGGACAGUAUGGUGUCCAGAGGAUGGAGCUUCUGCCUGGGGACCGGGAGAAUUUGGCUAUCCAGACCCGUGGGGGCCCUGAGAAACACGAGGUGACUGGCUGGGUGCUGAUAUCUCCUCUGAGCAAGGAGGAUGCUGGGGAAUAUGAGUGCCAUGCAUCAAAUGCCAAAGGAGAGGCAACAGCUUCUGCCAAAAUCCACGUUGUGGAAACUCUGCAUGAAAUAGCCUUGACCAAAGGUUGAUGAUGGUGCAGAGCUGUGAUGUGAGGACUUUCACUUACGCACAGUUUUAAAUUAGUAUUUUGGAAAGCUGCAAGCUCUGGCUUUUUCUAGCUGACUAAUCAGUCCCUCUUAACUCCCUUUUUCUUUGAGUCCCAAUUUGCUUGCACACUUCUUUCACAGAUACACAAAUAGAUUCACAAGUUCAAUUACAAAUUUUAAUUCUAUUUACAGGAAAUAAACAUACUUUUGAACAGCA